AUGGAGUCAACGAGGUCGUUCUCUCGCACCCAAGGCUAUUCUCGCGACGGGCACUCCCACGACGGACACUCUCACGACGGACGCCUAUCUCCACCAUUGUCACUCCCCAGCUUACCGUCCACAGCGUCGUUGGCGUCAUUAUCGUCGUCCGAGCCGUCAGAGGCUGGGCCCGAGAAGGAGCGCAGCUCCUCGAUGAAAGUCGCGUCAGGCCUCCCCCGCAAUAUCACGCCUCCGCAAAGUUCCCCCGUCACCUCUUCUCAACUGCGCCAUCACUCCAGCAACUUUACCCCCCGCUCGUAUUCCCCAUCACCCGUGUCGCCAGCAGCGAUAUCGCCAGCUUCGACAAGCUUGUGGUACCCAAACAACAGCGAGGUCAGCAGGCACUCCUCGUCCAACACGAUCGUCGCCUCAACUCCUGAGCUGCGCCGCCACUCGAUCAACACAUGGAGAGCCGGUGUCUCGACCUCUCAGCCACUGAAGAUUCCGACGCGCCGUUCGUCGAUGCUCGCGUCGACGUACCCGAUUACCGCCGCGUCCCGUUCAUCCAUGGCCAACUCGUCGGCGACAAUGCGCGAUUCAAUUCACACGUCUUCUUCACCGACGCCGCGUGGUGCGAUCCCCACGGACCCCUCUUACCCCUUGCGCCGUUCGAUUCCCACUGCCUCAUCACUGACCCCGCGCGGUUCGCGCUCCGCAGACCCUUCACGUACCCUGCGUCCAGCGGUACCCUCUCCGACACCGCACCGUCAGAUCCCCACCCGCUCGCCUACCUCUCGCCGUCUCCCCACCACCACUUCGCGACGGAUGGAGGGCGGCAGUCGUGAGGCGCACCGCGACGUGAGCCGCCGCUAUCAUCGCCACACGAUCCACUCGCCACAGAUGGCCCGGACCAACCGCAGCCUUGGAGACAACUCUAGACCCGCAUCUGCCACCGCGGUGAAUCGCUUGUCGGUCCCUGAGCCUCUCUCCAAGUUGCAAAACGACAGUCGCCGUCUAGACAUGGGCUCGUUUCCCGACGUCCGGCACACACUCGAGCGGUACAAUUUUACACGGGCCACUGGAACUGCGACACAGCUGAACCAACGCACGCAUAGGCUCUCCGCUUCCAUCGGAAGCAGCCCGUCCCUCUCCAGUGUGGUCGCAGCACAGACCAGCACGAUCGAGGCGCAGGCGACUGUGAUAGCACUGCAGCGCGGCCAAAUUUUGGAGCUUGAGCGUGAUGCCAAAACCAUGGCUUUGGGUUUCCAGCAGAGAACAUUUGACUUGGAAGACAUGCAGAGCGAACGAAACUACUGGCGCCACAUGGCUGAGAUGUGGCACGACCGGUGCGAGGCAUUGUGCACCCGCCACGGUAUUUGA